AUGAACAAAACCAAGUUAAUUGUUGCUAUGACUUUUAUUUUAGGAGUAAUUGGUGUUGUUAUAAACACCAUGGAUAUGGAUGUCACAUUAACUGAGUCUCAAAAGGAUUCAUUUUUAAAGAUGCAUAAUAUAGUAUAUUAUUAUUGAUUAUCCAGAAUACAUAUGAUGAACAGAAAGAAGGGAUGGCUUAUAGAGAAGUUUAUGAAGAUGGAUAGAUUGAAGGAAUGAGAUAUAGGGAAGUUGAAGAUUAAGAAAUUUAGGAAGAAAAUCAUAUUGAAGGCAUGGCUUAUAGAGAAGUUUAUGAAGAUGGAUAAAUUGAAGGAAUGAGAUAUAGAGAAGUUGAAGAUUAAGAAAUUUAAGAAGAAAAUCAUAUUGAAGGCAUGGCUUAUAGAGAAGUUUAUGAAGAUGGAUAGAUUGAAGGAAUGAGAUAUAGAGAAGUUGAAGAUUAAGAAAUUUAGGAAGAAAAUCAUAUUGAAGGCAUGGCUUAUAGAGAAGUUUAUGAAGAUGGAUAAAUUGAAGGAAUGAGAUAUAGAGAAGUUGAAGAUUAAGAAAUUUAAGAAGAAAAUCAUAUUGAAGGCAUGGCUUAUAGAGAAGUUUAUGAAGAUGGAUAGAUUGAAGGAAUGAGAUAUAGAGAAGUUGAAGAUUAAGAAAUUUAGGAAGAAAAUCAUAUUGAAGGCAUGGCUUAUAGAGAAGUUUAUGAAGAUGGAUAAAUUGAAGGAAUGAGAUAUAGAGAAGUUGAAGAUUAAGAAAUUUAAGAAGAAAAUCAUAUUGAAGGCAUGGCUUAUAGAGAAGUUUAUGAAGAUGGAUAGAUUGAAGGAAUGAGAUAUAGAGAAGUUGAAGAUUAAGAAAUUUAGGAAGAAAAUCAUAUUGAAGGCAUGGCUUAUAGAGAAGUUUAUGAAGAUGGAUAAAUUGAAGGAAUGAGAUAUAGAGAAGUUGAAGAUUAAGAAAUUUAAGAAGAAAAUCAUAUUGAAGGCAUGGCUUAUAGAGAAGUUUAUGAAGAUGGAUAGAUUGAAGGAAUGAGAUAUAGAGAAGUUGAAGAUUAAGAAAUUUAGGAAGAAAAUCAUAUUGAAGGCAUGGCUUAUAGAGAAGUUUAUGAAGAUGGAUAAAUUGAAGGAAUGAGAUAUAGAGAAGUUGAAGAUUAAGAAAUUUAAGAAGAAAAUCAUAUUGAAGGCAUGGCUUAUAGAGAAGUUUAUGAAGAUGGAUAGAUUGAAGGAAUGAGAUAUAGAGAAGUUGAAGAUUAAGAAAUUUAGGAAGAAAAUCAUAUUGAAGGCAUGGCUUAUAGAGAAGUUUAUGAAGAUGGAUAAAUUGAAGGAAUGAGAUAUAGAGAAGUUGAAGAUUAAGAAAUUUAAGAAGAAAAUCAUAUUGAAGGCAUGGCUUAUAGAGAAGUUUAUGAAGAUGGAUAGAUUGAAGGAAUGAGAUAUAGAGAAGUUGAAGAUUAAGAAAUUUAGGAAGAAAAUCAUAUUGAAGGCAUGGCUUAUAGAGAAGUUUAUGAAGAUGGAUAAAUUGAAGGAAUGAGAUAUAGAGAAGUUGAAGAUUAAGAAAUUUAAGAAGAAAAUCAUAUUGAAGGCAUGGCUUAUAGAGAAGUUUAUGAAGAUGGAUAGAUUGAAGGAAUGAGAUAUAGAGAAGUUGAAGAUUAAGAAAUUUAGGAAGAAAAUCAUAUUGAAGGCAUGGCUUAUAGAGAAGUUUAUGAAGAUGGAUAAAUUGAAGGAAUGAGAUAUAGAGAAGUUGAAGAUUAAGAAAUUUAAGAAGAAAAUCAUAUUGAAGGCAUGGCUUAUAGAGAAGUUUAUGAAGAUGGAUAGAUUGAAGGAAUGAGAUAUAGAGAAGUUGAAGAUUAAGAAAUUUAGGAAGAAAAUCAUAUUGAAGGCAUGGCUUAUAGAGAAGUUUAUGAAGAUGGAUAAAUUGAAGGAAUGAGAUAUAGAGAAGUUGAAGAUUAAGAAAUUUAAGAAGAAAAUCAUAUUGAAGGCAUGGCUUAUAGAGAAGUUUAUGAAGAUGGAUAGAUUGAAGGAAUGAGAUAUAGAGAAGUUGAAGAUUAAGAAAUUUAGGAAGAAAAUCAUAUUGAAGGCAUGGCUUAUAGAGAAGUUUAUGAAGAUGGAUAAAUUGAAGGAAUGAGAUAUAGAGAAGUUGAAGAUUAAGAAAUUUAAGAAGAAAAUCAUAUUGAAGGCAUGGCUUAUAGAGAAGUUUAUGAAGAUGGAUAGAUUGAAGGAAUGAGAUAUAGAGAAGUUGAAGAUUAAGAAAUUUAGGAAGAAAAUCAUAUUGAAGGCAUGGCUUAUAGAGAAGUUUAUGAAGAUGGAUAAAUUGAAGGAAUGAGAUAUAGAGAAGUUGAAGAUUAAGAAAUUUAAGAAGAAAAUCAUAUUGAAGGCAUGGCUUAUAGAGAAGUUUAUGAAGAUGGAUAGAUUGAAGGAAUGAGAUAUANUAUAUAGAAUUAUUUAAAAUUAGAUCUUUUGAAUAUAGUGGCAGAAUUAUAAUUAAUAGCGUAAAUUAUUUAUGAUUUCAAUAUUACAUUUUUAUUAUUUUCAUUUUUGAGUGAUAGAUUUAAAUACUCAUUCUAAUCAAUCAUGAUCUAAAUAUUAAAUAAAUUCAAUAAUUUAAAUUAUUAAUAUGUAGAAGAGGGAUUAAUAAAUAAUUGUGAAAAUUUAAAGUAUCAUUGCUACACAAGAAGUUACCAAUAUUUUUCAAGGGUUAAUGUCUUGUAUUAAUAAUUGCAAAAUCAUUAUCUUAUAAAUAAUAAUGGGUGA